CACUGCGUGCCGGUUGUCAAAACCGGAAAAAAAUAAACAAAUUACAGCUGUCAAGAAGGAACAGAUAAUGGGAGUGAUGUGAGGGACAAAUUUUACUUUCUAGUUCGGGUUUCUUAUCCUUUUGUGAUACAAAAAAAUUUUUAUAAAAGCUAUUUUAUUAUGUCUGAAGUUAUAGAAAUUGAUGGAAGUUAUUUAGAAGGAGGCGGACAGAUAUUGCGAAAUGCACUUAGCUUAAGCUGUAUUCUUCGCCGACCCAUAAGAAUUAUAAAGAUUCGAGCUAACCGCCCCAACCCAGGACUUUCUAAUCAACACCUAUUCGGUUUGAAUCUUUUGCAAAGUAUAACCGGAGCGCGUGUACAAGGUAAUCAAAUGAAAUCCACAGCUAUUGAGUUUCAUCCUGGAGAUAUCAAGUCUGGACAUUAUAAAGUGGAUACACUAACUGCCGCGAGUAUCGCAUUAGUACUACAAGCUGCGCUGCCCGUAUUGGUAUUUGGAAAAAAUACUUCCGAAUUGGAACUAAUAGGUGGCACAAAUGUUGGCAUGGCACCGCAAGUAGAUACCAUGAGUGAAGUUUUACGUCCAAAUUUGGAAAUGUUUGGAGUAUCAUUUGAUUUCGAUUUGCUACAGCGUGGCUAUUACCCUCGUGGUGGAGGACGUUGUAAAGUAGUAAUUCCCCCAGUACGUAAUCUCAAAACGGUAAAUUUAACAUGCUUUGGUGAAGUAAAUGAGAUAUGUGGUUGGUGUUUUGUCGCAGGCAAACUGCCAAUGCAUAUAGCUACAGAAAUGAAAAAGGCUGCGGAGGUGGAACUACAAAAUAUAUGCAGAGUUCAGCCAGUAUUAGAAGCAUACAAAGAAAGUUUGGAAGUUACACGCGACAAUGGAAGUGGUGUUAUAUUGAAAGCUGUCACUUCAGAGGGCUGCACGAUUGGCUCAUCAGCUCUUGGCGAACGGAGAGUAGAUGGUCAUGAAUUAGGUAAAAAAGCAGGAACAGAAUUGGCGAAUUAUUUGAGAGAAGGUGUUUGUGUUGAUUGUCACGUACAAGAUCAAUUGAUAAUAUUUAUGGCACUGGCGCAUGGUACCUCCAGAAUACUAACCACAGAACUCACACAACACACGCGUACUGCAAUGCAUGUGGCCGAGCUAAUGACUGGAUGUAAGUUCUACCUAGAGACCAAUGAAAAAGGACAAGUCAUAUUAUCCUGCAAUGGUAUUGGAUAUGAAAACAAGCAGAUGUAAAUCUAAGUAAAUAUUUAUUUAAAAAAAUAUUAAAUAAAACCACAUUUUUCAAAAUUUGUCAUACUAAAUUCGUCUGAAAAUAGCCAAGAAAUGAUCACCUUUGUUCCGAACAACUUUAGUGCCUUCCUCGCUGCUGUGAUAUAAUUUUGGUGUAAUGGGAUCGGCUUUCUGAAAAUACAUAAUAAGUACUCACUUACGGUUUCAAAUAUAAAUAAAUUUUUUUAUUUCAAAUCA